AUGUCCCUCAUUCACCACACCUUAUUCAAACGAAUUAAUGACCUCCUUAUAGGGGUCAAUGAGCCAUCAAUUCAAAUCAGGCGUGAAAGAGACAACAAUCGGGACAGGAACAGGGAUCGGAACCGUAAGGACUGAGAGUCCGCCGGAGGCCCCGUGAUGUCAGCUAGAGCAAGUUGGAGUUUCGUGAAUCAGGCUCCUAUUCAGCAGCAGUUAAACCGCUUCACCUACCUGCUCCAUUCGACACGCUACUAUGAGAGCCUGAAGAAACGAGUGCGGCUCCCAGUCUGGGAAUACAGAGAGAUUUUGAUGCAGAACCCGUCUUUCGCGCUGGUGGGAGAGACGGGCUCUGAAAAGACCACGCAGAUCCCCCAGUGGUGUGUAGACACGGUGCGUUUACUGGCAGCAUCACUGAGAGCGGUGGCCUGCACCCAGCCCAGGAGGGUGGCAGAUGAGAUGGAUGUCUUGCUGGGUCAAGAGGUGGGCUAUUCCAUCAGGGUUGAGGACUACAUCUCUGCCCAAAAUUUGCUCAGGUACAUGACAGAUGGAAUGUUGCUGCGGGAGGCUACGAAUGAUCCCCUGCUGGAGCGCUAUGGUGUCAUCAUUCUGGACGAGGCCCACGAACGCACAUUACCUACAGACAUCCUGGUGGGGGUUCUCAAGAAAGUCUGCCAGAGGUCUGACCUGAAGGUCAUUGUCAUGAGUUCGAUGCUGGAUGCCAGAAAGUGCCAAGUGUAUUUUGACAACUGCCCGCUGUCAACCAUCCCUGGACGCACGCACCCUGUGAUGUUUUACACACCGCAACCAGAGCGAGACUACCUGGAGGCGGCCAUCCGCACCGCGAUCCAGAUCCACAUGUCUGGGGAAGAUGAGAGGGAGAUUCUGCUCUUCCUCACUGGACAAGAGGAAAUCUACGAAGCCUGCAAGCGAAUCAGGCGGGAGUUUGAUGACCUGGGGCCCCAAGUCAGCGACAUGAAAAUCAUCCCUUUGUACUCCACCCUGCCACCACAGCAGCAUCAAAGAAUCUUUGAGCCACCUCCACCACAUACUGGUGCUAUUGGAAGAAAGGUCGUCGUGUCAAGAAACAUUGCCGAGACGUCCCUCACCAUCGACGGAGUCGUGUUUGUAAUUGAUCCCGGAUUUGCCAAGCAAAAGGCGUGUAACCCGCGCAUCAGAGUGGAAUCCCUUACGGUCACAGCCAUCAGUAAGGCCUCAGCUCAGCAGAGAGCAGGUCGCGCCGGAUGAACACGCCAAGGAAAGUGUUUCCGUUUGUACACAGAGACAGCAUACAAGACAGAAAUGCAGCCCGUCGCUCCCGCUCUGUCCUCUCCAGCCCCAGAGACCCCGAUGCGAAUGCUCGAGCUGCUAAACUACCUGGCAGCUCUCAAUGACGACUGUGACCUGACCGAGCUGGGCUCCAUGAUGGCAGAGUUCCCCCUGGACCCCCAGCUCGCCAAGAUGGUCAUCACCAGCUGCCAGUUCAACUGUUCCAAUGAGGUCCUCUCUAUCAGCGCCAUGUUGUCAGACCACGAGUCCACCCAGUGGUGCUGUGAUAACUUUGUACACUACCGCUCGCUGAUGUCAGCGGACAACGUCCGGCAGCAGCUGUCAUGGACCGCUUCAAACUGCCAAGGAAUAGCACCGAUUUCAACUGCUCUUAUCUCAACAUCCGGCCAUUACCUGACAGUAAAGGACAACCAGGUUGUGCAGCUGCAUCCCUCCACUGUGCUGGAGCACAAACCUGAGUGGGUGCUCUAUGACGAGUUCGUACUCGCCACCAAAAACACCUUCACGCGCGCCGACGUCAAACCAGAGUGGCUGGCGCAAACGGCCCCGCAGUACUACGAGAUGAGUAACUUCCCCCGGUGUGAAGCAUCGAGACAGUUGAGCAUCCCUUCUGCAGGGAAUUCCCAGACAAUUAAUGGAUCCAGCUCAGUACCUGUUGACCAGGCUUCAAACGGGCGUGGAUCGUGCAUGGAGAACACUUUCAACUCAAGAGGGCAGCUGACCUGA